GUGAUUUUGGGUCAUAUGAUUGAGUUGUUGCUGUCACUUGGUUCGUGGUUCUACGAAUACAGUAUUUGAGAAUGUAUCACAAGAAAUAAUUGUACAAAAGUAAUUUAUUUGUAAAUGUGCAUUUAAUUUACAUGCAUUUGGGAGCAAUACAAAUCCAUAAUUGCAAAAGAGGUUGGUAGUCGUCUAAUCAGAGCCAGCUAGCUAAUUUGGAACGGUUACUGAGCCAUUUUUCUGCCUCUGAAAAGUUUGGAUUGUCUCCUAUCUCCAAUACGAAAUACUUGCAUCUAUGGCUUCUAUUCUCGACGAGUAUGAAGACUCACAGAAUAUGCGGCACCCUGUUCAACAGCACAACCGUCUGUCUGCCUCAAACAUUGGGAUAACUCAUUCAGGAUUCGUGAAUGUUCGGCUUGAGGAGGAGAAGCCUAUAUUCAACAAGCAAAGGAUUGAUUUCUCUCCCCCAGAAAAAAUAAACCAUUUAACAGUAUGCAACAACCAGCUAUGUAUGAGUUUAGGAAAGGAUACGCUUCUAAGAAUUGAUCUGGGAAAGCCUGAUCAGCCAAACCAAGUCGAACUUGGACGUAAAGAUGAGGCUAAAGUCCACAAGCUGUUUUUGGAUCACACAGGCUCUCACUUGGUGAUCUGCCUCAGCACGAGUGAGUGCCUUUACCUGAACAGGAACACACAGAAGGUCCGGAGCCUAUCCCGGUGGAAGGGUCACCUGAUCGAUAGUGUGGCGUGGAACCGGCUCCUUGGCACGGAGGCCAGCACGGGCCCGAUCCUAGUGGGCACCAGCCUGGGGCUCAUCUUUGAGGCAGAGAUCUCCACCUCGGAGGGGAGCCUGUUCAACACCAACCCGGACCAGUACUUCCGGCAAGUUCAUGCUGUGGAGGAGGAGGACGGCCAGCCGGCACCGGUGUGCUGCCUGGAGGUGGAGCGGGGGAUGGACUCCAAGUACUUCAUCGUCGCCACCACGCGCAAGCGGCUCUUCCAGUUUGUGGGGAAGCUUCCGGAGGGUUCGGAGCAGCAGGGGUUCAGCUCAAUCUUUGCCCAGAACCAGGAGCUCCUGCCCAGCUUCCAAGAGUUCCCCGUCAACAUGGGCUACAGCGAGAUUGUCUUCUACACCCCCAAACUGCGCUCCUGCGCCAAGGACUUCGCCUGGAUGAUGGGCAACGGCGUGCUGUAUGGCCAGCUGGACUACAGCCGCCUCGACUCCCUGCUGAGCAAUGUGCAGGGGUGGGAUUACACCCCGGACAUCGACUUGAGCUCCAACAAGCCGCUCUCCAUCGUCCUGACACAGUUCCACUUCCUGCUCCUUCUCCGGGAUCGGGUGAAAGCUAUCUGCACCCUCAACGGCCAGGUGGUCCACGAGGAUGUGUUCCCGGACAAAUUCGGCUCCCUGAAGAGGAUGAUCAAGGACCCUGCGGGCGGGCUGGUGUGGAUCUACACGGAGUGCGCCGUCUUCCGUUACCACAUCCAGAGGGAGGCGAGGGACGUGUGGCAGAUGUACACCAGCAUGAACCGGUUUGACCUGGCCAAGGAGUACUGCCGGGACCGUCCCGAGUGCAUGGACAUCGUGCUGGCCAAGGAGGCCGAGCACUGCUUCCAGAACAAGAGGUACCUGGAGAGCGCCAAGUGCUACGCCCUCACCCAGAACUACUUUGAGGAGAUCGCGCUCAAGUUCAUCGAGGCCAAAGAGGAGGAGGCCCUGAAGGAGUUCCUGCUGAAGAAGCUGGGCAACCUGAAGUCGGCCGAGAGGACGCAGAUCACCCUGCUGGUCACCUGGCUGACCGAGCUCUACCUGAACCGCCUGGGCCGGCUGGAGUCCAGCGGUGCGGAGAGCGCCAUCCUUCAGGAGGCCCGCCAGGAGUUCCGCGGCUUCCUCAGCAGCUCCAAGCACAAGGAGUGCUUCUACAACAACCGCAGCACCAUCUACGACCUGCUGGCCAGCCACGGCAACGUGGACGACAUGGUCUACUUCUCCGUAAUCAUGCAGGACUACGAGAGGGUCAUCUCCCAGCACUGCCAGCAUGACGACUACGGCGCCGCCCUGGAGGUCCUCUCCAAGCACUGCGACCAGAAACUCUUCUACAAGUUCUCCCCGGUUCUCAUGCAGCACAUCCCGGGCAAGGUGGUGGACGCCUGGAUUCAGAUGGGCAAGAGGCUGGACGCCAAGAAGCUCAUCCCUGCCCUGAUGAACUACAGCCAGACGGGCAGCGCUCAGCAGAUCAACGAGAGCAUUCGGUACAUGGAGUUCUGCGUGUACCAGCUGGCCGUGAAGGAUGAAGCGAUCCACAACUACCUCCUGUCGCUCUAUGCCAAGUACAAGCCGGAUUCGCUGCUGCUGUACUUGGACCAGGCUGGCACGCACCAGUCGGAGAUUCACUAUGAUCUGAAGUACGCCCUGCGGUUGUGCGCUGAGCACGGCUACCUACAGGCCUGUGUGCUGGUCUACAGGAUAAUGGAGCUCUACGAGGAGGCCGUCGAUCUAGCUUUACAAGUGGAUGUGGACCUGGCCAAGUCAUGUGCUGACCUACCAGAGGAUGACGAGGAGCUUAGGAAGAAAUUGUGGCUGAAGAUUGCCCGGCACGUGGUGCAGGAGGAGAAAGACGUGAAAAAGGCCAUGAACUGCCUUUCCAGCUGCAACCUGCUGAAAAUAGAGGAUAUCCUGCCCUUCUUCCCCGACUUUGUCACCAUUGACCACUUCAAGGAGGCCAUCUGCAGCUCCUUGGAGGAGUACAACCAACAUAUCGAUGGGUUGAAGCAGGAGAUGGAGGAGGCCACCGAAAGUGCCAAGCGCAUCCGGGAGGACAUCCAGGAGAUGCGGAACAAAUACGGGGUGGUGGAGUCGCAGGAGAAGUGCGCUGUCUGCGACUUCCCCCUCCUCAACCACCCCUUCUACCUCUUUCUGUGCGGGCACAUGUUCCACUAUGACUGCCUGCGCCAGGAGGUGACUCCCCAUCUGUCGACCUACCGGCAGGCCAAGCUGGAGGAGCUGCAGAAGAAGCUGGCCGCCACCGUGCAGCCCGCCAGGUCCCGCCCCCGGCCCAAGGAGGACGACACGGUGAGCCUGGGGGCGGGUCAGCCGAGCCGCGAGCAAAUCAAGUCCGACAUUGACGACAUCAUCGCCGCCGAGUGUGUGUUCUGUGGUGAUCUGAUGAUUAGGUCCAUUGAUAAGCCUUUCAUUGAUCCGCAGAAGUAUGAGGAGGAGAAAUCCAGCUGGCUGUGACCACCACACUCUCGCGUAACUGACUUUAUGGCUGUUUGGUGAAGGCUAGUUGUGUCUCAUACACUGGCAAAAUAAUGCUAUAAGCUGUCUGUUUACAGUGCCCCCAGGUCGGCAUGUGAGACUCUAAAACCGGCUUGCUAUGGCUGUAGCUGCUCUCUCUUGAUAUUAUACAUCCAUGGCUGACUUUCAAAGUUUAAGCAUCUUUUCUUUCACUGGAGUCACACGGAAUCAGUGUUACAAAGCUCUCCAAAUCCCAUUCUGUUCAGUACUUCAUGUUUAAUCUUUCUGAAGUAAAUAGACUAGCUACAUAGGCAUAGACAUUUUGUAUUAUUAAAAUGAUCCAAUGCUCAACAUCUGCAGUUAUAUUAGUUAUACAAUUAUUUAAACUGUGUUUUUGUCAGAGACAGCAUGGUGGGUUGUCUGUGCUACGUAUUGGCCUUUGUAAAUCCUUUCCCUCAAUUAAAGCAAAUUGCAGUUA